UUUGCAGACAAGAUGCAGCGACUGUGUGUGUAUGCGCUGAUCUUUGCGCUGGCUCUGGCCACCUUCUCGGAAGCUUCCUGGAAGCCCCACACCCAGCGGCCAGAUGCACCCUUAGGUACAGGGGCCAACAGGGACCUGGAGCAACACUGGCUGGAACAGGAGGGCCCAGCCUCUCAUCACCGAAGGCAGCUGGGACCCCAGGGUCCCCCACACCUGGUGGCAGACCUGUCCAAGAAGAAGGGCCCACGGGUGGAGGAAGAAGAAGAAGCCUACGGAUGGAUGGACUUCGGCCGGCGCAGUGCCGAUGAUGAGAACCAACGGCCCUAGAACCAAGCUGCAGAGCCCAGCCACCUCCCACCCCACCCCAGCCCUGUCCCUGAAAACAAAUCAAAAAUAAACCAGUUUCCAGUGGA